GCUAUAUGUGGUUCUGGGGAGAGCUAGAGGACUGGUGAGGAAAGACAACAGGGACAGAAGGAACAGACAGAGAAACAGGGACAGAGAUAGCUAGAUAGAUACACCUGUAGGUAGGCUGUGGCAGGGGGCUUUUUCUUGGUCUAUUUCUUAACAUUUUCACUCCUUUUCUAAAUUAGAAGGAUGUUGAUGAUCAGUUACUAGACCUAGGUGCCUCUGUCGGACGGGAUCAGUUGGACAUGUGCUGAUACUGACUGUGUUAGACAAGCUGACGUACUUCCUGUCUUUAAAUUACGUUUUGCGUCAGUGUAUCUUAUGGCUGGUUGAAAUGAGACUCGAUCAUUCCUUUAAUCUUAGUUUGGGCCUGAGAAUGAUAUGGUGUCGGCGUUUCCAAUGGACUAAUGCUUAAUCCGUUCUGUAGAGAUGUUUUCCAGUGUGAGUUCAUUAGGAUGCUUUAAUCCACAGGCGUUAGAUAUCUAGCAUCUCUGUGUGUGACCGGAGACAGUGAGCCAGACACCUGAUCGACACCAUGUCACUACAGCGGAUGCUGAAGCUGCACUAUGUGCUGYUGCUGGUGCUGUGUGUGUCAYCCAGCGAAGACUUCGACUGGACCAAGAAUGAACGCGGWUCAUUCUACUAUGGCACUUUCCCAACUGGGUUUUCCUGGGGGGCUGGGGGCUCUGCGUACCAGACAGAAGGAGCCUGGGACAAGGAUGGCAAGGGGAUGAGCAUCUGGGACGUGUUCGCCCACAAGAAGGGAAAGAUCUUCCUCAACGACACCGCAGACCACUCCUGCGAAGGAUACUACAAAUUCAAGGACGACAUCACCUUGAUGAAGGACAUGAAGUUUAACCACUAUCGUUUCUCCAUCUCCUGGCCAAGGAUAUUUCCCAACGGAAUCAAACGGUUUGGUGACAGAGUCAAAUACUGGAUCA